GUUGGUGAUGGGGGCGGGGACAGUGUGGCCGCAUUCGCUGCUCGCGGGGACUCUGUUGGUGAAGGAGCAGGCGGCGGCGGCGGCGGGAGUCGGGGUUCGCGCGCGGUCGGUUCUCCGUCCGUCCGGCUGAAGGGGAAGAUUAUUGCACAAUGUCCCAAAUCCGGAUUCCUGGAACUUCGGGAUAUGCUUUAAUGAGUGAUAAAUCCUUAGAGUUCUAUAAGGACCCAAUGCAUUUUUGCAACAGUCGAAUUCAUAGCUAUGGAAGCAGGGUUUUCCAAGCACGCCUCCUCAACAAGCCAACUAUAUUUGUGUGUUCAGUAAAAGGAAUGAAAGAAUUGCUGUGUGCUAGAAUGUCAGUAUUUGAAAAGGAUCCUUCUGCAGUUAUGCAUGAAUUAUAUGGUGGCAAUCUAGUAACAACAGAUGAGCAAGUCAAUGUCUUUGACACAUCCUAUACUACCUCUAUGUGUAAGCUGUUUGGAGACACCGUCUGCUUCACUAAUGGAGAAGAGGCACAAUUAUUAAGGCUGUCAUUAAUGCAACUUUUUAGAGGCAAAGCUAUUGAUACUUAUGCAGAUUAUAUUAACAGAGUUUGUAUAAGGAAUCUGAAAGACCUUGCGCUGAGCAGUGAGCCUGUCGCAGUUUAUGCUAUGUUCAAACGUUUGGCUACAGAACUGGUACUAGGAAUUUUUCUUAAUGUUGAUGCAGAGGAAUCUGCAGCACUUUCCAAACAGAUUACCCAGCUUUCAACGCAACACUGGCAUGGACUGAUCUCUGCCCCUGUGAAGGUGAAAGUGUCAGUGUGGUCCUCAGCAUUUACUCAGGCACUGGAAGCAAAAGGAAAGCUGCUUAACAUCAUCAAUGAACGUCUCAAGAGUGAGGAGGAUGGACUCAUCUCCAAAAUAAAGACUAUACCAUUCCCAGAAAAUACCAGUGCAGCACAGCAUCUUCUUCUGUUCAUUUCGGCACUAAUCCCCAAGGCGGUUGCAUCGUUGUUGACUUCCUUUACAGUGGAGCUCGCUGGCUCAGACAAGACUGACCUCCGUAAACGAGCUCAAGAAAGUGAAGAUUAUUUGAACCAUGUGCUACUAGAGGUGGAAAGACUCUGGCCAUCCUUUAUUGGGGGUCGAAGAAUCGCAAAGCAGGACACCACACUUUGUGGUUACGUGGUCCCGAAGGGUUACUUAGCAUUAUUCGUCGCCUUUGCUGUCCACAGGGAUCCUGAAAUUUUUGACGAUCCUGACGAAUUCCAACCUGAAAGAUGGUCUGGGAGAAAUGCUGGUCAAGAAAAGCUGUUGUGCUGUUUUGGAAAUGGAUCUAGAAACUGUAUUGGUAUUGAUCUGAACAACGUGAUAUUGAAGGCAACAGCUGGGUAUUUGCUCAAUCAUUACUGCUGGGAAUUGGACCCUCCCAAUCAAAACCUGGAAUACAAAUGGCUUCCUGUCUCCCGACCUGCUGAAGACCCUAAAAUUAAGUUCACGUCAUGUUCCAGCAAAACUUAGUUCUCUCCAUCAACUGCUGUUGAAAUCACUGAUAGUUCAACGCGUCAUCUGUCAAAGAACAGUGUGAUCAGUGAGUCACCAUACAACAGUGCAACCUGAUAACAUCACUGUGAGGACCGGAUGCAAUUGUGUCAUAAUUCGGUGUGUGAAUUUUUUGGUGUUGAGUGUGCAGUAGUUAUCAAAUGUCGUGUUUUUGCUUUUGAAGGACGGAGCAAGAAAAUAUGACUAUAAUGUCCUCGUUUUACUGUAGAGAAUAUCUUUAUUAAAAUAGUUUUUGAUUUGA